CAAUGCCAUUGCGAGCCGUUUUUCAUUCUCAUUCAACGCGGUGGUCUUGUUGAAUAAGUCUUGACGGAGUUCGCCAUCACGGAAACAUUGCUAUCCAUCCUAGAGUGGUUGAUAGGCGGUUGCUGACCCACUCUUUAUCAUACCUGCGGCCAGGAAGCCUCUACAAUGACUUCAAUUUCGGGCGACCAGCUGGCAGAAUUGCCUACGGCGGACAUGAUUACCCUGUUGUUCAAGUGCCAUAAGACGACCACUGUUCUAUCUGUUUUACCGGACAGACCCUUCUCCGAGAUCAAAGCCCUCCUGCUUGCUGCUCUACAAUCACGAAACCUCACUACCAUUCCUAACUCCGAUUUGCCUCUACCUGAAGAUCCUGACAACCUCGAAUUUGGCAUUCUUGCCGACAAAAAAGAUGCAAGCAAAGGCUGGGUGCCAUUGAUCAUCAAGGAGCAAGAGUUCAAGGGUCCCAAGGGUACCAAGAGAAAGGUGGGCGGCGAUAAAAGUGUCCUGAACGAAAGUCCCUUGGGCGCCAGUCUGGCUGACGGCUCAUGGGUGGCAUAUCGACUGAAAGCAAAGUCGAAAGUGUCAGAGGACGUGGAAAUGGAGGGAGCCGAGGGCACACCAGAUAUCGAACUUCAUGAAGAUCCGGGCUGGGACGUUGUCCUUCCAAGCUUUGAAGACGAGGCUGACGAGAGUUGACAUCCGACCGCGGACAUCGUCAAACCCUGAGAUGGCAGAGCCACUCGCGAAUACCAACAUCAGUUGCCCUGCAUACAUAGCAGGAUCUCAGCCUUUCCAGUACAAGGAGUUUAAGACAGAUACGUUUGCCCCAAGACCAAGCCACGGCCCGAAGCAUGCCCGACAUGCCUUAGGCGACGCAGCUUCUGUGUAGGCACUUCGUUCCGAAUACGGCGUUGCCCAGACGUCAUCUUACCUCCCUCAACCCGACGAGCUUCUGCUUGAGAAGUCGUCUCUGCAAAGAUCACUCAUUGGAGGUUUCUGGCUAGAGGACGACCAUCAACGACGUUGCAACAACCGCAGAAUUGGUUGUUGAUGCUGACAAAUUUGACAGCAACGAUACUUGAGGGGGCCUUUUAUACUGGUUCAGUGGUUGUGAGUGGUAUGGCUUUUGUGCUAAAUAUAUCAAAGGCAAUUCCCCACGUUUCAGGUGGGCUGGCUUGCUUGUUGAGUGGCUUGACACCUGAUUCGAGGCAUCCUAGAACGAGCAAUUAGGCCUUCAGUGUUCAGGAACAAUCACGAUAGCUAGCGACGAAUAAUGGUUGAAGGUUGGGGUCCGGUCACCCGCCUAGUUCAGCGAGAGACAUGUAGAUUCUGUGGUCAG